AUGGCUGAUAAGAAACCAAGGCACUGGUCGGGACUUUGCAGCAUUAGAACAUGCAUUUAUAUACUUGUAGGGUUACAUGUAUCCAUUAUUGUUCUGACUAACAUUCUCUUUGCUGACAAACUUUUUAAAUCAUUGAUCCUGCGUUCUAAGCAACCUAGAGAUGACUUCAAACAUUCUUUAAACUACGUAUACAGUGAUAGUCCUGAUGUACAACAUGGUGGUCAGGACAAUUGUACAUGUAAUAAAAUAACAGCAAUUCAAUCAGGAUCAGACAGCACUGUGUUAGGUUCAAUUCUAAGCAAACAGCUCACAGCACAAAAACAAAUCCACCCUACCAUCAAAUCAACAAUUUUUAAAGUGACCACAAAAUCUCGUCCAGUGCAACCAACCCCGCGACCUGAUCAAUGUAAAUCUUGCUUUGAACACAAGUUCAGAUAUGUUAUAAAUAAUAAGCAUAUAUGUGAUUCUGGAGAAGGAAAUAGUAGUGUAGACAUAAUUGUUCUUAUUCUAACCAUACAUGCUAACAGAGAAGCAAGAGACACCCUCCGGCAAACAUGGUUAACUCCAACCAAAAACAACACAUCUGACAUCAGAUAUGCAUUUUUACUAGGCAACACGUCAGAUCCGAAUCUCAAUAAAAGGAUUGAGGCUGAAAAUAUGAUUUACCAUGACAUCCUUCAGGAGGAUUUUGUUGAUGCAUACAUGAAUCUGACUUACAAGACAAUAAUGGCUUUCAAAUGGGCAAGCACUACAUGCAAACAAGCAAAAUUUGUAAUGAAGGCAGAUGAUGACAUGUAUGUCAACUUAGAUGCAGUGAAACAUGUGGUGUCCGUCCAUGGCUCGAGCCUUCAGGUUGCAGUUGGAGGAGCAUGUCAUAUGUCUGCUCGGCCAAUCAGAGACAAAAAAUCUAAAUGGUAUGCGUCAAUGUUAAGUUAUCCGAAGAAUACUUAUCCUGGUUAUUGCUCCGGGACGGGUUAUGUUACAAGUAUGAAUGUAGCAUCAAAGAUUUAUGAAGCUUCAAAACAUGUUCCUUUCUUUCAUCUGGAAGAUGUGUAUGUUGCUCUGUGUAUCAAAAAAUUAGGUUACAAACUGAAACGUAUUGCUGGAUUUAACUCGGGGCGUAUACCACCGGGUUGUGCAUACAAAACGAAAAAUGUUGUGACAUCGCAUAAUCUAGGUUUACCACUCAUCAGAAAGAUGUGGAACUUGAAAUGUUAAAAUUACAUUGCUUUGCAGCUAUACCUACUGGUGUGUCAAACAUGUUUGUAAACUAGAAGAAAACAUAGAAAGAAUUUCUUAAGAAAUCCUUGGUUACAUUUUAUGAAAUCCAUCUAAAUACGAGUUUUUACUUGAACUAAGAAUUAACAAAAUGUGUUUGUGAAACACUG